GAAAGAAGAAGAAGAAGAAGAUAUAACUCAAGGUCUCAAAUCUCUGCAAAACCCUCGCAGAAUUUAGAUAUAAUCCUCGUUUUCGAUUCGUACUUCAUCGGAUUCCCGAGUAUCGAGGUCAAGGAAUGACGGAGGUGGCGAGCUCGGUCGUGCACGAAGUGCUAGGCCGGAGAGCCCUGGACGUGGACCAGCCGAUCAUCGACUACAUCGUCAACGUCCUCGCCGACGAGGACUUCGACUUUGGCGUCGACGGCGACGGCGCUUUCGAAGCCCUCGGUGAGCUCCUUGUUGCCGCCGGUUGCGUCACCGACUUCUCCGAGUGUCGCUCUGUGUGCAGCACAUUAUCUGAAAAGUUCGGGAAGCAUGGGCUAGUGAAAAUCAAACCAACCGUGCGUAGCCUUGCGACCCCCUUUAGAAUGGAUGAUGGAAUGGAUGAGGAGCAAGCUCCAAAAAAGAAAGCUGAGGUUUUUGAUGGUCCUGUUCUGUCUGAGCGUGAUAAAGCAAAGCUAGAAAGGAAAAAGAGGAAGGAUGAGCGCCAAAGAGAGGCUCAAUUCCAAAUGCAUUUAGCGGAAAUGGAAGCAGCUAGAGCAGGGAUGCCGGUUGUAUGUGUGAAUCAUGAUAAUAGUGGUGGACCAGUAGUCAAGGACAUUCAUAUGGAGAAUUUCAAUGUUUCUGUUGGUGGUCGUGAUCUCAUUGUCGAUGGGUUACUCACGCUUUCGUAUGGACGGCACUAUGGUCUUGUCGGAAGAAAUGGUACAGGGAAAACAACGUUCCUUAGGCACAUGGCUCUGCACGCCAUUGAUGGCAUUCCUCCAAACUGCCAAAUAUUGCAUGUGGAACAAGAAGUUGUUGGCGAUGAUACAACAGCUCUGCAGUGUGUUCUUAACUCUGAUCUUGAGAGAACCCAGCUUUUGCAAGAAGAAGCUCGUCUUCUUGCUCGACAAAGAGAACUGGACUUGGAUGAUGACAAAGGCACUGGAGGAACUGAAAAAGAUGCCAUUUCACAAAGGCUUGAGGAGGUAUACAAACGGCUUCAGCUCAUUGAUGCAGAUUCUGCUGAGUCCCAUGCGGCUGCCAUUCUUGCUGGUCUCAGUUUCUCUCCCGAAAUGCAACAUAAGGCAACGAAAACAUUUUCUGGAGGAUGGAGAAUGAGAAUAGCUCUUGCUCGUGCCCUGUUCGUAGAGCCUGAUGUAUUGCUACUUGAUGAACCUACGAACCAUCUUGAUCUUCAUGCUGUUCUAUGGCUGGAAUCCCACCUGUUGAAAUGGCCAAAAACAAUCAUAGUUGUUUCUCAUGCCAGAGAAUUCUUGAACACGGUGGUCACUGAUAUUCUUCACCUACACGGGCAGAAACUGACUGCUUAUAAGGGGAAUUAUGAUACAUUUGAGAGGACACGAGAGGAACAGAUGAAGAAUCAACAGAAAGCUUUUGAAGCAAAUGAACGUGCAAGAGCUCAUAUGCAGUCCUUUGUUGAUAAGUUCCGCUACAAUGCAAAGAGAGCAUCUCUUGUUCAGUCGAGAAUCAAGGCACUGGAGCGGAUGGGUUAUGUGGAUGAAGUUGUUAAUGACCCCGACUAUAAGUUUGAGUUCCCAACUCCAGAUGACAGGCCAGGCCCCCCCAUUAUAAGUUUCAGUGAUGCAUCAUUUGGUUAUCCUGGUGGACCCAUAAUGUUUAAGAACUUGAAUUUUGGAAUUGACCUAGACAGCCGCAUUGCAAUGGUUGGGCCAAAUGGCAUUGGCAAAUCGACAAUACUCAAACUAAUUGCAGGGGAGCUACAACCAACCUCUGGGACAGUAUUCCGCUCUGCUAAGGUUCGUAUUGCGGUGUUCAGUCAGCAUCACGUUGAUGGGCUAGACUUAUCUUCAAAUCCACUUUUGUAUAUGAUGCGAUGCUACCCAGGUGUGCCUGAACAGAAGCUUCGAGCCCACCUAGGUUCUCUCGGGGUUACUGGAAAUCUUGCGCUUCAGCCAAUGUACACUUUGUCUGGUGGUCAGAAGAGCAGAGUUGCGUUCGCGAAGAUAACUUUUAGGAAACCACACAUAAUAUUGCUUGAUGAGCCGUCCAAUCACUUGGACUUGGAUGCUGUGGAGGCACUUAUUCAAGGACUCGUAUUGUUCCAAGGAGGUGUUCUCAUGGUUAGUCAUGAUGAGCAUCUAAUAUCUGGGAGUGUGGAGGAGCUGUGGGUGGUAUCACAAGGUAAGGUGGCUCCAUUCCAUGGAACUUUCCACGAUUACAAGAAGAUACUCCAUUCCUCUUAAAACAAACUUACUGCGGGAAACGACAACGGCUUGAGCACCGACGUGCAUGCUACGUAAUUUUGGAACUUGUGCCAAGUCAAUCAUCUGAGGAAUUUCAUCUCUUCUGGAAAUUGUCUUAAAGUGUAGUUUGGGUUCUGCAGCGUAAAAGUUUUCCAACUUAUAUAUUGAUUGCUGAAUGCUGACGAAUGUUUGUUUUUUUUAUAGAACUCAUUCAACAUAUUUGGAAGUUUAUACCGGACACAAAUGGUGAAUGUGCUGUGCCAUUUUGCAUAUAUCAUUUGAUUAUUAGAUUAUUUAUCCGCGUUUAGCUCACUA